CGCGUCAUUAUUUUUAGACUUCUUGCUCCGUUAUUGACACAAAUUAAUGUUUCGACUGUACGGGGGGAAUUACAAGCGUCUCUGAACGUAAUUACGUUGUCGAACCAACGAACCAAGUGGUGCAAUGCAAUCAGACGAAUACCUGAGGAAGAGAGGGUUGAUNCCCCCGCCCCCCCCCCCGAGUCCGCCUUUUUUCGCAGUUUGACUUACUGCAGUUUCUACUAUAUGCCUACAGAACAGGAUAUUCUUCGGACACGAGUUAAGACAACCGGGAUCGUGGAAGUGCAUUUCCAAUUUAAAAACAUGAAUUUCAAACUGUUUGAUGUUGGUGGUCAACGUUCGGAACGGAAGAAGUGGAUUCAUUGCUUUGAAGAUGUCACAGCCAUCAUCUUUUGUGUUGCUAUGAGCGAAUAUGAUCAGGUGUUGCACGAGGAUGAAACAACGAAUCGGAUGCAAGAAUCUCUCAAAUUGUUCGAUUCCAUUUGUAACAACAAAUGGUUCACAGAUACCAGCAUCAUUCUGUUUUUAAACAAGAAGGAUUUGUUCGAAGAGAAGAUAAAACGGUCCCCUCUGACCAUUUGCUUCCCCGAGUAUCCUGGUAAGUUGGAUGAAGAGGCCAAAGUCCCAAAAUCAGUGCCAAAACUAACAGUUACAUUAUCACAAGAGAAUAGCUAG